AUGAUUCUUUUAGACAGUACACAUUUCAAUGAUAUACGCAGUGCUAUCCGCUCUCGUCCUGUAGCGUGGGAUGCCUUAGCAAGAUCUGCAGAGAUUAGCGAAUUGGAUGCAUCCACUGCAAAGACGCUGGAAAGCAUUCUGGUAAAGCAUGCGAAUGAACCAACAAGCUCUGUGGAUCCAAAUUUCAAAAUUAAUGAACAAACGAUCGCUCCUUUGAUUCACCUUUUAUCAAGUGCUAAUAAUAGCGAUGCAAAGAAAUCGGUGCAAAAUUUAAUCGCAGAAUUACUCUCUUCUGAAAGAUUCUCUGGUGAUACAAUAGAUUUUUUUAUCAAAAAUCCCAAAAAGGUUAAAGAACUUUUCGAUGUUUCUCUUGUUGGUGAUCGUCAAACAGUUCUCAUCUCCUCAUUCAAUUUGGUGACGCUUUUGAUUCAACCUAAGCUAAUGAACAAAAAAUUAGUUUCUCAGUUGGUCAAUAGUGAAAACUUUCUCAACAUUUUGAACAAUUUGGAUUUGAUGGAUACUUGCUAUGUCUGCAUUAGGUUGUUGCAAGAAUUGGCUUCAUUGGAACCAUAUCGUUCCAUGAUUUGGGAAAGUCAUAAAAAAUAUUUGCCUACACUUUUCGUUAUCAUCAAGAGAGCUUUGGAGCCAACAACCAGAAUCGUUGCAACAAAUUCCAAUAAUUUAGGAAUCCAAUUACAGUAUUAUUCUUUGCUAUUAAUAUGGUUAUUAACGUUUGACAGAAAUAUUGCAUUCGAAUUGACCCAGUUCUAUUUACAGGAUUUCUUGAAUCUUUUAAAAUUGGUUAAAGUCACUAUAAAGGAGAAAAUUUCAAGAAUUUGUAUAUCCAUAAUUUUACAAUGUACUUCCUCUGGUGUUAAGUCCCAUAAAAAAGUUAUAAAAAAUCUACUGCUAUUAGGAAAUGCGCUACCUGUUUUGCAAUCGUUAAGUGAAAGAAAAUAUUCUGAUGAAGAGUUACGUGAUGACAUGGCUACAUUGAAGGAAAUUCUCGAAAAGGAGUAUCAAGAGUUAACCUCGUUCGAUGAAUAUGUUGCGGAAUUGGAUUCAAAGUUAUUAUGUUGGUCACCAUCUCAUGUAGAUAAUGGAUUUUGGUCAGAUAAUAUUGACAAAUUCAAAUCUCAAAACUGGAAGCUCUUCAGACAAUUGAUCAGUGUACUUAUUGAAGCGAAGGAGUCAGAUUUGAAUGAUAAGCAGCACAAAACUAUUUUGGAAGUUGCCUUGAGUGAUAUUACUCAUGUUAUCGAACUCUUGCCAGAGAGUACACACGUUUUAAAUGAAUCGAAUGGUAAAGUAGUAAUAAUGGAGCUAUUGAAUCAUCCUGAUCCGAGGGUUAAAUAUGAAGCUUUGAAAGCUACCCAAUCAGUCAUUGGUUAUACUUUUAAAUAA